AUACCUGCAUCACACCACACCCAUCCUCAUGCAAAGACAAUCCCUUUAAAAUCAGUCGUUCUGUUCCUACUGUGCGCUCUUCAUGCCUCCUCCAUCUAUACCUACGGGUCAGUCCCGAACCACCGACCAAGCAACAUCAAAUCGACCUACCCAUCUAUUCAAGAUAUCACUGGUCGUCCUGGCACUAUGUGUUUGUUUACGUUUGACGAGCAUAUUCCUUGCGCAGAGAAAGAGCAAUUCGAUCGUCCAUCGGUCACCCAGGGAAGAGAAGGAUGCAAAGAAAUGUUUACCACCGCCAGAAAAAGAGGUAUUCGCCAAAACAACAAACUUCCAAUACUUCGAUAAGGAGCAGACGCUGCGUCCCGUAUCUUGGAACCAACCCAUAAAAGAACAUCCAUUUCCAAUUGGCCAGAAUUCGUUUCCACCAACAUUCAGACCCGUUUAUCCGUGGACUGGACCCCCAAAACCACUUCCUGGACCCUAUGAUCCAAGUCUGUUUCCACUUCCAACCGUUCGAAGGCACUCUUCGGUGGACGCUGUCGAGGAAUCUUCCACGCCGGACUGCAACAACACAAUCGAUUACUCCAGGCGCGUGUCGACGAACAGCAUACCGGCAUACCAAUCCACUCUCCACGGUUCCAUCACGAGGUCUUCUCGUGGUUGGCGGCGCAAUCAGUGGGUGGUUUCUGGGGAAUGAAUUUCAAAAUGUCUCAGAUGAUCAGAAUCAUCAGCCACAAGACACGACC